AUGGAUGAUGGACUCAGGGACAGACCAGGAGUUGUUUCGCGUUUUUUCCAUGGAGUUGAAGUGAAAUAUCAAUAUUACCUUGAUCACCUCACGCCGCAUACGGCUGUUCGCUGGGUUAUUGCCAUUCUCUCUCUAUUUUUCUUCGCUGGAAGAAUAAUCUAUUUGCAAGGAUUCUACAUAGUUGCCUACGCCGUAGGAAUCUAUUAUCUAAACUUGUUCCUUCUAUUCUUAACUCCUUCGAUUGAUCCAGCUCUUGAAUACGAUGACGACGAUGAUGGUCCCGUUCUUCCAUCCAAAACAAACGACGAAUUCCGUCCAUUCAUGCGUCGACUUCCUGAAUUCAAAUUUUGGCACUCUUUCAUGAAGGCAACUAUUGUUGCUACUACGUGCACCUUCUUCGAAUUCUUCAACGUUCCUGUCUUCUGGCCGAUUCUCGUCAUGUACUUCAUUAUUCUGACUUUCCUCACACUCAAACGGCAAAUAAUGCAUAUGAUCAAAUAUCGCUACAUUCCGUUCACCGUCGGAAAACCGAGAAUGGCCGGAAAAGAAGACACUGGAAAGGUGGUCGUAGGAUAA